AAAAAUAGCCAUGAAGCCUAUAUCAAAAGAGCAAGUUAGGAAGAUUCUAGUGUCCUCGUCGUUAGACAAGAGUGACCUAGACUCCUAUUUUGAUUGUCCCUUGCCAACAUAUUCAGAAUUUCCUGAAGAAGACAAGGGCUGGCUUGGCAUUGCUAAAGGAAUAUUGGUGAAAGACUCCCCAUACAAAAGAGCCAUCCAGGCAGCCAAGUAUUCAACUAGGAAGGAGAGAGAGUGAAAUGGCAUGAAUAGUCCCAAGAAAUCCAUAGAAGUCCAGCUAAAGAAACUGGCAUCAACAACAAAUGACCAAAGCAUUUUUAAAAAUAUGAAUAAAUAGCAGAUAUGAAGAAACAGCCAGCUCUAGUCAUGCUAGAAGAGAUAGCUUAGGACAUGGUAUCAUAAGAUCUAAAGGAUUAAUAACAAAGCGAAGAAGAAGGAUAAGAGAUUAUAUUCAACAAAAGAGCUCAAAAUCAACCAAACCUGGAAUAAAAUCUCUCCAAAACGAAAUAAACACCAAGCAACAAGGACCAACAAGACCCGCAAAAAGUACUCUCCAACCCGUUAAGGUCAUAAAAUAAACGAACCACCAACCACCAGCAUAACUUAUGCCAAACUUUCUCCCAAGAUCUGUACAGAACACGCAAAGCAUGUUCAAGCUUAGAACCCACAGGCCCUACAAAGCACACACAGAAGUUCAGGAAAAGACCCUAAAAAGACGCCUGGACAUGCCCUGCCUACCUCUAAAGGGGUACUGCAUAAGUACUCGAACAAUAUCACAUUCUCAAGAAUAUAUACAAAGAAGUUAGGCUCAACAGAUAAGGGAGAAACCUAACUGG